UGCUCCUUCGCACUGUUGACAGCACCAGAAAAAUAUUUGUUUACAUUCGGAACGGAGCAAAGUUUUCGAUAAAAGUUAUAGAAAUUAACCAACUUCACUCACAAUUCUGUGAUUUCUGUGAUAAAACACUCUACAAGAUUUCCCAUCCUCCGUCAUCCAUUCCCAACCCCAACAUGGAUGCACUGAACGUGAUCGAGAAGCGCAUUGAUAAUCUAAACCAGCUGCUUGGCCCGCUGCCAACCGAUGAGAGCCAGGCGGAAAACCUAACCGAUGCCAUCCUGUCCGCGUCGUCCUUUCUGCCGUCGGCCAGCACCGGCCACCUGGCGGAUGGUGCUGCCCGUGGCGCCAUUCUGGAAUCGUUCAAGCGGAAGGACGAGCUGGAAGCGUACCUAGAUCCGGCCUACCUGGAGGAAAAGCAGGACAUCAAGGCGAAGGAGAUGUACAUCAACACGAUAGCGAACGAUCUGGCCGGGACGUUCGAGACGCUGCAGAAGAUCAAAUCGCUCGAACCAACGCUCGGCGCGGAGUACUUCCGCAAUGUGCCGGACGUUAGCGAGCAGCUCAGUGCGAUGACGAAGACGGCCGGCGAGCAGAAGCUGGCGAACGAGCUGCUCGAGGAAAGCCUGGUGAUUGCGAUGCAGCGCUACAGCGAGAUCCAGAGUGGGAUUAAGGAUUCGCUCAAAGCCAUGACCGACCGGUUGGACCAGCUGGAGGAGCGCCUGGUGCAGAAGAAGAAGCAAGACAAGGACAUCUAAAGGUAAACUAUGUAAGGAUAAAUUUGGGGAAUGGGACGAAUAGAGGUUGUAAACUGUGCUUAAUUGUGGCAGAGAGAAAGAGAGAGAUAAGGAUUGAUGGAUGGCCACACUAAUAAAUAUUGCUAAUUCGCUUAAUAUGUUAA